AGAAUGGUCGGCGAUAGCUUUGAAAAUACAAAGCAUCCACAUCGUCUCAGUCCCCGUAUCGCGUCUGCUCCGCUCACUUCGUUCAAAUCCGUGCGGAUGAUUCACUGUGGUACACAUAUAUCGAUUUCCUUUUUCUACUUCAUUUUCACUUUUAUCUAUAAGUUCAUUUACAAAUAAUAAAAGACCAACUGAAUAGAUCACACAAGCUAUUUAAAGUAGAAGAUAUAUUCGACAAAAUUCAGAUAAAAAAUGUAUUAAAAUUCCAUUUUAAUUUUUGCACUGCAAGGAAAAUGAAAAAUGUUGUUUAAAUUUUAACGCUUUAUGUUUGAAAUCAAGAAUGUCCGUUUUUUCUAAGUUUUAUGUAUCAAAGAAAGGAUGAGCUAUGAAAUACUUUAUAUGAUUUGGUUAAAAAUAGUAGAGCCUUGUGUCAUUUCACUUUCCUUUACUGAAUUCUGAGAAUGUACAAUCUUUCAAAAAGUAUCGUUAGACGACAAAAUAUCCAUUAGCUUUGAACAAUUUUAUACGUGAUUUAUAAAAAAGAAGAAGAAACACGGAAAGAAGGGGAAGAAAAAAGAACAGCAUGGUGAUAUAAUUCUACUGUAGUUUUAUAAUCAUUGCAACGACUAUGCUUUUGUGGAUACUGAGCUGCCUGAACCUGUUAACGGUUUCCAUCUUGUGUUUGUCUACGAGUGAAAUAGAAGCUGAAAAAAGUGGUUGGAACGUUGAUCCAAAUACGCAAUAUCAUAUUCAAACCGACGAAGGACCUGAAAGGUACUUUCGUUUCCAAACAUUAAAUGGACAAUACAGAAAGGAGAAAAGAUUAUUGGAUGGUACAGUUAUCGGCACAGAAGGCUGGCUAGACCCUCUUGGAUAUUUACGACUCAAAGAUUACAUAGCUGACGAUAACGGAUUUCGAAUUCUCAGGUCGAAAAUGAUUUAUGUGGGUAAAAACAGACCUAUUUACGAUGCUGUAACGGAAGCAAAAAGAGUGCCUCCUCAAACUGGAAUUCUUGUACAACCAGCACGUCCACCAAAUCCUUUCAGACAACCAGAAAGAGAACACGUUGUUCCUUUAGUUGGUAACGACAUAAAUUCAGGUUAUUACGCCAGCACCACUAUUAAACCUGAAGCUGAUUAUUCUUCUGCUGUAUCUAAUUCUAACAAUUACUACUACAAUCCAAAUCGAGCAAGUUCUUCGUCUGAUCUUGGCAAUUUAAACAACUAUUCUCGAAAUACCUACCAGAAUUUUCCUGCUGCUCGAAAUGAACAUCUGAAACCAAGCUUUCAAUUACCAACAGCUACAUCACGAAGUAAUCCAACGGCAUUUCCUCAAUUCGAUGGAACAUACAACACUGCUAACGGAUUCCAAUAUUAUUUGAAAAGGCAGUAUCACGAAGAGGAACAAGAUUCAAGUGGAGCACAUGUCGGUUCUUUCGGUUACAUCGACCCAUUUGGUAUUAGAAGGGUAAUAUAUUUCAAAACAGAUCCGCAAACUGGUAGAUUUCUACAUCAGAAAAAUAACAAAUACGUGGGAUUCGAAUCAACUCCGUAUGAUCUAUCGUUACCUAAUACGUACAGACGUAACUCAAGAUCAACAACGUAAUAUAUUUCUCCAAAGUUCAUUUUAAAAUAAUACGGGUAUCUUGGACGACAUCUUAUUGGGAUUUUCUUUCUCUGUAUGCCUUGUUACUAAUGUAAAACUGGAAGAAAUUGUGCUAACUUUUAGUGAAAUUUUAAUAGACGUUAAAUAAUAAUAGGCCACGAUAAUACUUAUUUUACGUAUAAUGCGUAUUUCUCACAUUUUGCGUGGAUAACAAAAUUAGCGUGAAAAUAGGCUUUUUUAGCACCUAAAAACUUAGUCCGCAAUAUUUACAAAGGAAUUGUAAGCUGUAAACGUUGUGCCAUGUUAGGUUAUUGUAGUACUUAUUAUCCUCCAAUGAUACUUUAAACUAUGAAAAUAUAAGGAAACCUAUUGCGUCAAAUAGUUGAGUUAAAAACUCCAUUACUAUAGAAUAGAUAACAAGAUACAUCGUAAGCAUGGUAAUAAAAAAUUAAUAAAUUUAAAAACAAUACAGUGAAACUCAUUUAGUUGCUGAUUUAUAUACAGGAUGCGUCACGCAACUGAGACGAAUCGCAUCUUGAAUUUGAUAAGAGACAGAAAAAGAUUGUUUAAGCAGAAGUUGAAAGGUAUGGUAAUAUCUUCCUACGACUUUGCUUGUUUUGUAAGUGCAAAUACGCACACGAAAAAUUUAGGGCACAUCUUUUUUUAAAUGGAUUUACAUACUCUUCUUACUCAUAUGUAAGUAUUAUUUAUUAUAAUGUUUAACAACAAAGUCACGUACUUACUUUAUUUUACUUUAUUAAAGAUGACGUUUGAGUGUCCUGCCUUUAUACAUGUAGUAAGCGCAUCGCAUAGAUCGUCUCUUUAUUCAUUCGUAAUGAAGUUAAAGUGGUCGCUGUUUAUGUUUGAAAACUGUAGUUUAAUUUGUUCUUCCAAGUCUAUCAAUAAACGGAUCCCAUACAAGGAAGUCAAGAGAAUUUAGGUCAUGGUGUUGCAUCUGCCAAAAUACGACAUCUGCCAAUUGAUGUACGCUGUAUAUAAGUGACUUCUGAAAUUAUACUUAAUACGACUAAAAUAUUCUAAUAUCGAAGUGAUGAGAAAGAAAUGUUUAUUACCUGUAACGAUUAGAAAAAUUCAUAGUAUGGAUUCAAUACAGAAUAUUUCGUGCUAAUGAAAAGUAAAGGUUUUCUCUCCGUUUUCUUUUGUUAAAGGAAUCUAAACCCUACAACAAAGGAUAGUGUAAUCCAGCUGGCUUUAACUUUAUACUAAAUGUAUUCUAAAAAAAUUAGUUAAACAUUUAUAGCAACGCUACGUCUCUAACAAUUCUUCCGAAUUUCUGUGCUAAUUAUUCGUUUGUAGUUGACUGUCUGUACUUGAGUUUUCACAAUACGCUUUAACAUCCGCAGCUGUGUUUGAGACAGAAACUUGAAAGUUUACAGUUUAAUUUCUCGUAAUUAUUCUGUAAGUACUGCAAGUCGGAAUCAAUGUAUGACAGUAUAUGACAGUGAUGGAAGAGUGUAGGUGAAAGUAAAACAUGUUCGUUAACUUUUCAGUAUGCUUGUUACAAUGAAAAAUACUGAAAAUAUUAAAACAGAAAUGGUGUUUUAUAUAUAUAGCAACAUGAACGUGCGUUCAAUGAUUUUAAUCAACAUUAAUUCAUUACGUUAUCUAUUAUGAAACUAAAUAAAAACACGUUAAAUAUUUCAACUAAUUUCAAAGAUUCUGGUUACUUUCUAGCAACGAAUAUUUGUUAUGUUAUAUAUUAUGAUUUGUUUAUUGGGAUGAAUAGGAUAUUUGUCAAUGAGCAAUUAUUAAAACUAUAGUAGAUUUAAAGCAAUCACAAAGACGUGUUUUAACGUGAUCCGGCGCUCAUUUUCGAUAAUAAUGUUAAAAUGUGUUUCCUGCUAUUACUGAAACUAAUUAUUUUGUCCGUAUAAUACUAUUCGAUACAAAUUUUUAUUUAAUUUAUAUAUUAAAUUAUUUAUAAAUUAAGUAACCAAACUUCUAUAAUUAUAUAUAGCGAUAAUAGGAAUAAAACUUAUCACGAUAUA